AUGGUUGAAGAUGUUGCUAGCCCCAGUGAAGCACCACCACCACCUCUACCACCAUCACUACCAUCACCACCACCAUCACCGCCACCACUACCAUCGCUACUACCAUCACCACCACCACUACCACCACUACUACCACCACCACCACCACCUCUACCACCACUGCUACCAUCACCACCACCACCACUACCACCUGUACCACCACUGCUACCAUCACCACCACCACCACUACCACCUGUACCACCACUGCUACCAUCACCACCACCACCACUACCACCUGUACCACCACUGCUACCAUCACCACCACUACCACCACCACCACUACCUCUACCUCCACUGCUACCAUCACCACCACCACCACUACCACCUCUACCACCACCAUCACCACCACCACUACCACCACUACCACCACCAUCACCACCACCACCACUACCACCUCUACCACCUCUAUCACCACCACGACCACCACUACCACCUCUACCACCACCAUCAUCACCACCACCUCUACCACCUCUAUCACCACCAUCACCACCACCACCAUCAGCACCUCUACCACCACCACCACCACCAUCACUACCUCUACCACCACCAUCACUACUACCACCACCACCACCAUCACCACCUCUACCACCAUCACUACCAUCACCACCACCAUCACCACCACCACCACUAUCACCACCACCACCAUCGCUACCAUUACCACCAUCAUUGCUACCAUCACCACCACCACCAAUACCACUACCACCACCAUCACUACCACCACCACCACCACCUCUACCAUCGCUACCAUCACCACCACCACCACUACCAUCACCACCACCACCACCAUCACCACCACCACCUCUACCACCAUCGCUACCAUCACCACCAUCACCAACACCACCACCACUAUCGCCACCACCAUCGCUACCAUCACCACCACCACCAAUACCACUACCACCACCACCACCAUCACUACCACCACCACCACCAUCACUACCUCUACCACCAUCGCUACCAUCACCACCAUCACCAACACCACCAUCACCACCAUCACCACCACCAUCAUCGCCACCAUCACCACCACCACCACUACCAAUACCACUACCACCACUACCACCACCAUCGCUACAAUCACCACCACCACCACCACCUCUACCACCAUUGCUACCAUCACCACCACCACCAACACCACUACCACCACCAUCACCACCACUACCACCAUCGCUACCAUCACCACCAUCACCAUCACCAUCACCACCACCACCACAACCACCACCAUCACCACCACCACCACCAUCACCACCACUACCAUCACCACCACCAUCACCACCAUCACCACCACUACCACCCCUGCCACAGCCACCACCACCACCACCAUCACCACCAUCACCACCACCACCAAUACCACUACCAUCACCACCAUCACCACCACCACCACCACCACUACCAUCACCACCACCACCACCACCAUCACCACCAUCACCACCACCACCACCACCACCACUACCAUCCUCAGCACUCACUGGACAUUCCAGUCCUGGCCCUAGUCAUAGAGAGGAACAGUAA